CACCCACAUAUUUCCAUUGUUUUAUUCCUGGCCUUCGUCUGCCAGAUGAAACGCUUCCCACAUUUAUUUUCAGGUCCCGAGAGAGGGAAAUAUGUCAGGAAUUUAAAUGAAUCCAACAGCAGCACCAGAUGGAGCCUGGAAAGCCCAAGGUGUACCAAGGUGUGAGGGUGAAGAUCACAGUCAAGGAGUUGCUGCAGCAGAGGAGAGCUCGACAAGCAGCCACUGGUUCGGCAGUUUCGUGGGGCAGCAGCAGCAGCAUCCAGUUUGCAGAGUGCGUGUCUCCGCCUCACCCAGAACCUUUUGAAGCAGAGCCCAUCCCUCCUGUGCCCAGCUGCUGCCCGUCCUGGCAGUUUUCCAGCUGCCUGUCCUGCGAGGAAAGCCCUGGAUACCUGGAGCAGCUGAUAGAUUCCUGCCUGCAGCCGGAUGCACCCUCGGAGCCGGCCUUCAGCGCCUUCCAGCCCCCACACUACACCCCAGACCCCUUCCAGCCGGUCCAGCUCUGCUUCAACCAGGGCCUGGCUGCCAGCUCGCCCAGCUCAGCCGACCUGCCCAGCCCGUGGAGCUCCAGCUGCUCUCCCCACGAGCUCUCUCCCCUCACCCCGCUGACCCCCAGCCCGCCCUCAGCUCUGGACACCAAACCCUACAGCUGCCCGCUGGAGGAGUGGCCGUGCCAGCCCCCGUGCCCCUUCCCCGGCCCUGCCUGCUGCUGCCCAGCCUGCGGCUCCCAGGACACGGACGCCAGGCUCCCGCAGUGCUUCCCCUGCCCCAGCACGGACUGCACGGAAUUCCUGCCACCCCCGGCCCUGGCCGAGGACUUCUUCAGGAGGGACAGGAGCUGUGACAUUUGCUACAGCUAAUGGGGACUGUGGUUUCACACAUCCACUCUACCCAAAUCAGAUUAAAUUGCCCAUGAACUAUGCAAAGUUGUGCUGCCUAACACAGUCCGGUUUAUUCUUCACUACUCGCACGUUUUUUUUUUAACACGAUGCUGUCACUACAUUAAUCCACGGUCAGGGGUGUUUUGUUGGGGUUGUGGUGGUUUGGUGUUUUUGUUUUUGUUUUUGUUUUUUUUCCCUGAUUAUUUUCGUUGCUGUUUUUUAAAUAAAUCCGAAGCUGCCUUAUCAAACACUUAUCAUUAAACCAGCUCUUUUUUGAUACAAAUAAAUCAUUUGGUGCAAA